AUGGCUUCGCGUCGCAUUCCAACCCUGGAACAACUGCAGUGCAUGAGACGGGCGGAUCUACAGAAACUAGCCAAAGAUUACAAUAUCAAAGCGAACCUUAGGACGGAUGCACUCAUUGGAGAGCUUAUAAAAGUCAGAACACGACAACUUGCACGUACUACGACGCCAUCGAACACGAAUGCUAUUCAGUUUACUCGACGAGACGACGAAGAGGAGCGCAAGCCGACGCCCAGCUCGACAUCGAGUUCUGAAUUAUCGUCUCCACCAGCGGAAAUUACGAUUACCGCGCGAAUGCGCCAACAAAAUCAUAUGACAGCGCCUUCAAAGACUUCUAAAAUUCCGAUCGGUGCCAAACCCACUGCCCGUUUCGCGCCGAAGACGGUUAUCCCUCCCGGUGUUGUCGCGGCGAACCCAACGGGUGUGAAACCCAAGGGACGGGUUGUUGGCAAUUCCAAACACGACUCUGUUCCACAGGGACAGCCUAGUAAAGCCAAGUACCGACGAGCGGAAGAAAUCAAGCAGGACCACGAGAUGGAAGACGCGACGUUCGCUACUGCGCAAGGAGAUCGCGUUUCGGUCUCGUCAUCGUCGCCACAGCGGUCGCCUGGACGGCAAACGUCUGCGCAUCCCGAGUCGACGUCGAGUUGGACGUUGGAGAGUAGGAUAAAGAACCUCGAAGCUUCACAUGAUUUGCAAAAAUCAAGACAAGAGAGCGAAAUAGCGACUCUGCGAAACUUGUUAUCUCAGGCACAAGACAAUAUCUCGGGGCUCAUUCGGGAAAAUAACCAACUCAGGCGGCGAUUGGACAGCGCUCCCACCGUUGAGGAUAUGACCGCCAUUUUCCAUCGGUUGGCACUCUUAGAGGGAAGGUUUCAGUCUGGCGCUCCUGCAGCGGCAUCAAUAUCUUCCUCGGAUGCAGAUGCAGCAAUGGUUCGUCCUCGGAUCACCUUUCCAAAAUUUGAAACUCCACCAAACCUCCAUGCCCGACGGGAAACCAAAACCGACGUUCCAGUGUCUCAGAGAAUCUUUGAUAGCACACACAGAGAUCGUGCGCAGCAGUUGAGGACACCACCGCCGCAAUUCGGUCGUUACCCUUUGAACCCACACGAAACUCCAAGUCCAACGCGUCCAUCAAGAGGGCACGGCACGCUUGUCCGAUAUGAUCCAGACGAUUCGGCGUCGGGGAGUCAAAGUUCUCUCUACCGCUCGUUGAACCCCACUCAUGGUGCCUAUUCGAACAGCUCGUCUAAACGGCUGCGCGAUAGUGAACCAUCAAAGCGUGGUCGAAGUAUCUCUUCAGAAGAGGAGACGUCUGGACAUGACGACAACAGGACGAUAAGUGCGGAUUCGACGCCCCUAAAUGUCAAAUCGGAGCAUCUUGACCAACCUCUGGGCUUCAAUUUGGUGCCACAUUUGGAAUCGCGUCCUGUAGACCCGCUUCCGAUUGCCGUGGAGUCGUCCCCGGAGCCGCAAUCAUACUCUGAGACGGAGUAUCCUGAUGUGGUAGCUUCGGGGUCGCAUUCUCGUGCGAAACGUUCUGCUCCGCGCGGAAACAAGAGUGCUCGUCGUAGUCAUCCGUACGCUCGGCCACCCGACUCGUAUAAGAGUGUGGGUGGCGCGGACAAGGAUGUGCCUGCAACCCUUGGUGCGUCGGGGACAAAGACGCCUACGCCCCAACGGCCUUUGGAUAUACGAGACAUGUUUGGAGCGACACCCGACUUGGAAUACAUACCGCCCACACCCCUGGGAGAUGGGAUCCCUGUUCUUGACUUGGGUGCACCACCCGACGAUGCAAGGGGGUCGCAGUCGUCGACACCGAUCGUAACGAGGAGUUUAUUGCUCCCCAUUGAUGAGACGCCACCAGCUGCCCGAACACUUUAUGGUACCGAGUUUGGGACGGCGAUGCGCGCAAAGUUUUCGGACGCGUAG